AUGAAUGCUCCUUUCCAAGAUGGCGGCGGAGGGAGGAGGGAAGGAGAUGAACGAGAUUAAGACCCAGUUCACCACCCGGGAGGGGCUGUACAAGCUGCUGAGCCACUCGGAGUACAGCCGGCCCAACCGGGUGCCCUUCAACUCGCAGGGCUCCAACCCCGUCCGCGUCUCCUUCGUCAACGUCAACGACCAGAGCGGCAACGGGGACCGGCUCUGCUUCAAUGUGGGCCGGGAGCUCUACUUCUAUAUCUACAAGGGGGUGCGCAAGGCUGCUGACUUGAGUAAACCGAUAGAUAAGAGGAUAUACAAAGGAACACAGCCUACGUGUCAUGACUUCAAUCAUUUAACAGCCACGGCAGAAAGUGUCUCCCUACUAGUUGGCUUCUCUGCAGGCCAGGUGCAACUUAUAGAUCCUAUUAAAAAAGAAACUAGCAAACUAUUUAACGAGGAAAGACUAAUAGACAAAUCCAGAGUAACCUGUGUAAAAUGGGUGCCAGGUUCAGAAGGCCUUUUCUUAGUAGCUCAUUCCAGUGGCAAUAUGUACUUGUAUAAUGUGGAACACAAUUGUGGCACCACAGCCCCACAUUAUCAGCCACUUAAACAAGGUGAAAACUUUGCAGUCCACACUUGCAAGAGCAAAUCUACACGAAACCCUCUGCUUAAAUGGACAGUAGGUGAGGGGGCUCUGAACGAAUUUGCUUUUUCCCCAGAUGGGAAAUUCUUGGCAUGUGUAAGCCAGGAUGGCUUUCUUCGUGUGUUUAACUUUGAUUCAGUGGAGUUGCACGGUACAAUGAAAAGCUACUUUGGAGGAUUGCUUUGUGCAUGUUGGAGUCCAGAUGGAAAGUACAUUGUAACUGGUGGCGAGGAUGACUUGGUGACUGUUUGGUCUUUUGUGGACUGUCGAGUGAUAGCUAGAGGCCAUGGCCACAAAUCGUGGGUCAGUGUUGUGGCCUUUGAUCCGUAUACCACUAGCGUAGAAGAAAGUGAUCCAAUGGAAUUUAGUGGCAGUGAUGAGGAUUUCCAAGACCUUCAUUUUGGAAGAGAUCGAGCAAACAGCACGCAGUCUAGGUUAUCGAAAAGGAACUCUACAGACAGUCGGCCAGUAAGUGUGACGUACAGGUUUGGUUCAGUAGGCCAGGACACACAGUUGUGUUUAUGGGACCUAACAGAAGAUAUCCUCUUCCCUCACCAACCCCUCUCGAGAGCAAGGACACACACAAAUGUCAUGAAUGCCACAAGCCCGCCUGCAGGAAGUGGCGGAGCUAACCCAGGAAGUAAUGGAAACAGCAUAACGACCCCUGGAAACUCUGUGCCCCCUCCUCUUCCACGAUCCAAUAGCCUUCCGCAUUCUGCAGUCUCCAAUUCCGGCAGCAAAAGCAGUGUCAUGGACGGUGCCAUUGCUUCUGGCGUUAGUAAGUUUGCAACCUUAUCACUACAUGACCGGAAGGAGAGACACCAUGAAAAAGAUCAUAAGAGAAACCAUAGCAUGGGACAUAUAUCCAGUAAGAGCAGUGACAAACUGAACCUAGUUACUAAAACCAAAACGGACCCAGCAAAAACUUUGGGGACGCCUCUCUGUCCCAGAAUGGAAGAUGUUCCUUUGUUAGAGCCUCUUAUCUGUAAAAAGAUAGCACAUGAAAGACUGACUGUGUUAAUUUUUCUUGAAGACUGUAUAGUCACUGCUUGUCAGGAGGGAUUUAUUUGCACAUGGGCAAGGCCUGGUAAAGUGGGUUUAUUGCCAUCCCAAAACCAGGCCAAUUCUCCAAGUGGAACAGUAGUAUAGCCACCACACUCCUGCUAGCAAAUCUAUGAACACAGAACAAGAAGUAAUGACAGUGGAACCAGAAGCUGCUGUUCAGCCAGAGAA